UCAAACAAGCUAUGAUAAACAAGAUGGAGGUCGUUCAUUUGUCUAAUGAUUUUGUUUUAAGAAGUACGAUUUUUUCUGAAUUGUAAUUUAAAAUCAUGGAAAUUCUUAACAGGACUACCAUAGGCAUUGCUGCUGGUGUUUGCGGCACGUUGUUUUUAGGUUAUUGUUAUUAUUUUGAUCAACAACGGAGAAAGGAUCCCGAUUUCAAGAAAAAACUUAGAGAAAGAAGACGUGUUAAGAAAAAUGCUCGAGCACAAAAACCAAGUGGAAUGCCUGACUUAAGAGAUCACGAAGCAGUUCAAAGAUUUUUCUUGCAAGAAGUACAACUAGGAGAAGAAUUACUUGCAAGUGGCGACCUUGAUGGUGGUGUUGAACAUUUAACUAUUGCAGUAGCUGUUUGUGGGCAACCGACUCAACUUCUACAGGUGUUACAGCAAACAUUGCCACCACAAGUUUUUCACUUAUUACUGCAGCGCCUACCACAAGUUGGGUCUCGUCUUGAGAAAGCAAGUCCUCAUGUUACCAUGCAUGAAGAUGAUGUAGAAUGAUCUAUGUUUCGAUAGCAUAGAAAAUUAUUAUUUGUUAGAUGUUUUAUUAUGUUCAUUUUUAGCCAAUAUGUGGUUUGAA